AAGCUACUACAAGUCAACGCCAAAUUGCUGAGAGCUUCGACUAAAAAUUGUCGCAGCGGAACGCUAAAAAAAAUGCACAAACUAAGUCACUGCGGACGUAGCAUCGAUCUAUUCAUAUCCCUCUUCGCAUUCUCUACCUACGCUACGGGCGAAUCGCUUGAAGCAGAAGCAGCUAGCUAACGCCAUGGCUUCUUUUGGACCGACGAGUUUGCCAGGUUCAGAGCAUCAGCACCACACGAACAAAGCGACGGUGAUCUUCAGCUACACCUGCGUCGCUCUCACGAGCACGGCGCUCUUCUCCGUCCUCUUCUUCUUCUGCUACCAAGUCCGCAACCGAGCGCCGGUCGCCGCGGCCGGCGCGGGGACCGGCCCUGGCCAGGGGGCUCGCCGUGGCAGCGUGGACCUCGCCAGGCUGCCGGAGUUCGCAUAUACCCCGUCCGCGGGGCACAGCGCUAGAGGAGGGAGCGGCGGCGAUGGCGCCCAGUGCUCCGUGUGCCUCGGCACGGUGCAGGCAGGCGAGAUGGUGCGGCUGCUGCCCUUGUGCAAGCACCUGUACCAUGUAGAAUGCAUCGAUAUGUGGCUGGCGUCGCAUGACACUUGCCCCGUUUGCCGCUCGGAGGUUGAGCCGCCGGGGGACGGAGAGCCCGCAGUGACGGUGGAGCAGCUGCCGGUGUAGCGCGCUGACCGGCCGGUCGUGGAAGUGGUUCUCCGGCAAGGUGCAUGUAAUUAAUUUGUUCUUUCUGCUUCCAAAAAAAAGAUUAGUUUUUACUCUGCAGCUUGUCAACUGUAUGUUACUGUAGUUCUUCUUAUCCGCUAAUACAGCUUGCAGUUGCAACUUGUAAAUAACAUUGUACACGAAAGAAUUGUUUUUGAGUCCAACAGAUGUUUCAAGAUCACAACUUAUGUAGUACAUUAAUGUUUGCAAGUUACCGAUUAAUCAACAGAACACUGAUAUUUUUA